AGCCACAACCUCCGAGCCUUCAACUCUCCAUCUCCCCAUUUUCCCCGUGCCUUUUGCAUCAAUGGCUUUGGUCGAGCCCAAGAAGGUUGCAGGUGGCGCUUUCGGGCAGUUCUUGGCUGAGAAACGCUCUGAGCUGCAGAAGGAGUUGCAAGGAAAGCCUGUGACGGAGAUCACCAAGUUGGCCUCGGCCAAGUUUAAGGCUUUGACCGAAGAGGAGCGAGCCGUCUAUCAGGAGAAGUAUGUGGCUGCCAAGGCCAAGUAUGAUGCGGACCUGAAGGCAUUCGAGGAAGCUGGAGGUGAGAGGAAGCAGCGCAAAACCAAGGGCAGCAAGAAGGAUGGCAAGAAGAAGAAGGACCCAGAUGCCCCGAAGCGCCCUGCCGGAGGUGCCUAUGGUUGCUUCCUGGCCAAGAAUCGCGCAGCUUUCCAGAAGGAGACCGCCGGUCAACCGAUCACCGCGGUGACCAAGUUGGCCUCUGCCAAGUGGAGCGCGCUGAGUGCUGAUGACAAGAAGGUCUUCGAGGAUGAAUACAAGGCCAAGAAGGAGGCCUAUGACGAAGCCAUGAAGUCCUACGUGCCCGUGCCGCGCGAGGACGAGGAGCCGCCGGCGAAGAAGCAGCGCUUGUCGAAGGAGGAGAAGGAGGCAGCCAAGCAGUCCAAGGCGGCAGAGAAGGGGGCCGCCAAGGCGAAGAAGGCGGACGCUGCCCCGAAGCAGGCCAGGGCAGGCCGCCCUACCCAGCCGAAGGCCGGCGCCAAGGGCGCCAAGGGUGUCGCCACCGACUCGGUGGAGCUGCAGGCGACGGUCCUGGCGAAGGCCGAGAAGGCUGGGAUGACCGAGGCGCUGAAGAAGUUGGCCAACCGCGAGGAUAUCAAGGCCAGUGGGAAGAGUCAAAGCGCCAUGCUCAAGGCUUUGGAGGAGAAUCGUGGACUCGUGCAUCCUGCCAAGCGAGCACUCUUGGGUGCAUGAGAUGUCCACAAUCUUGACGUCGACCAAUCUAGGGGUCGGCAAUCGCAGGUUGAACACUCAGCCUCCGUGGUUCACUUGCCACGGGGUGCUGGCAGGUUCUUUUGGGAGCGAUUGCCAGUUGUUCCAAUUUGAACGGGUUCACCGCAGCGACAUCCACGAAA